UUCAACAGAAACAGCAACAUUUACACUUUAUUCGAAGCCCAAAAACUAAACAUGAACUUCUACAAGAUCUUCAUCUUCGUUGCCUUAAUCCUAACCAUCAGCUUGGGUCAAUCCGAAGCGAAGAGUUGGUUGAAGAAACUUGGAAAGAAAAUUGAACGUGUUGGCCAGCACACUCGUGAUGCCACCAUUCAAGGACUUGGCAUUGCUCAACAGGCUGCAGCAGUAGCAGCAGCCGCCAAGGGUUAAGCCAGCACUAAUAAUAUUCUGCUCUAAUUAUUCUAUGUAUAUAACCAACCAAUAAAGAAUAAACGUUUUGAACCAAAA